UGCCGGUGGCAUAGAGGGGAACCGAGUGGGUGGCGACGCCAGAGUGAACCGCGGGCAGCUGCGAGGAGGAAGGGGAGCAGCCAGGCGGGAGUAGAGGCAACAGGCAGGAGGAAGCCGAGGACACGGAGCGUAAGGGAGAGGUGAGGGCAGCCCGCGAAGAGGCAGCAGUCGUGGAGGCGGUGGGAAGCGAAGGCAGCGGCGGGAGGCGGGAGCAGCUGGGGCGGAGGGAGGAGCGGGCGGUCGGGCGCAGCCAAUUCAGGGGGGGCUCGUCCAUUUUUCGGUGUGAGUCAGGCACGUCGGUGGGGUGAUGCUACGGCACUGGGCAGGGAGAGCCGGGGAGCCGCCCGCCUGGUCGGGCUUACACUUUUAUCCGUGCCAACGCCGACGCUGAGGGAAACGCCGCUUCCUCCUUCACCUCCCUCGCCAGGGCCGGCGCCAUGGCUGGGGGCGCCGGGCCUGCCUCCUGUCCGCUGCGCCGUGCUCGCUGACGGAGCCCACGCGCGCUCCCGCCCACUGAGGUCUUGCCCUGGCAUCCAGAGGAAAAGCUUUAAAUUACCCUUACCCCGAACUGAGCUGUUUGCAUCUCCUGAAGCGUGGGAAGGGAGGCGACUACAAAGAGGUUGUCAUUGUAUUUCAUGUUUCGUCAGCUUGACAGAAUUUUGGCUUUGAUUCCGUCUUGCUCCUACCUGUUCCUGGACAGUGACGGGGUGGAGGAGAGGCACCAUUUCACCAUGUCUCGUUACAGCCUCCAUAAUCUCCUGGACUGGAUGUAUGGGGGUGUGGACCCUAGCUUUGCUGGCAAUGGGGGACCAGAAUGUGCAGCCUUUCUCUCUGGGCAGCAGCGCUUUCUGGAGAGUAUGGUCUUCCUCAGUGUGGGUGUCGUGGAGAUCCUUCUGUCCUUGUGGAAGCUCAGGCAGCCACAUUUCAGGGAACCGGAGGGUCAUCUGCUUCAGCAACCUCAGACUAAGCAAGAGAGCUUGGGCAAGAAUGUGCUGCUGGUGGUGGUCUGUCUCAUCUUCGGACUGGAAGUGGGGUUCAAGUUUGCCACCAGGACUGUCAUUUACCUCCUAAAUCCUUGUCAUGUGGUCACUAUGAUUCAGAUUUUUCUUCUUGCCUGUCCUCCCUGUCGGACUGCAAUGAUUCUCUUCAGGUUGCAGAUGCAUAUGCUGAAUGGGGCCCUCUUGGCAUUGCUGUUUCCUGUAGUUAAUACACGCCUGCUUCCAUUUGAAAUGGAAAUCUAUUACAUCCAGCAUGUGAUGCUUUAUGUUGUGCCCAUCUACCUGCUGCAGAAAGGAGGUAUCUACACUCCAGAACCACUCUGCAAUUUCUGGUGGGCUCUUUUAUCCACGGGGUUUAUGUUUGUAUAUCAUUUUAGCAUCUUGCAGAUUCUGGGAUUGGUUACAGAAGUGAAUUUGAACAACAUGUUGUGCCCAGCCAUCUCAGAUCCUUUUUAUGGGCCCUGGUAUCGAAUCUGGGCAUCUGGACAUCAGACUAUCAUGACCAUGACCCAUGGGAAGCUUGUAAUCCUACUCUUUUACAGUGCUGUCCCCGUCUUUAAAUGUAGCGUGGACUUCCUUAGACUCCCAGCUAAGAAAAUAGACUGAAAUGUCUCCCCACGGAGUAGCACUUACGGGAAGCAGAUACUUAUACUGGAAAACAGAGGAGGAAUGAGAGGACAAUGGCUUUAUACUUCUCCCCACAGUUUAUUGCCUCAAAAAUACCUCUGUGAUUCAGUGAGGGGUUUUCUAUGCUGUUUCUUACUGCCUAUUGCCAAUAGCAAAAUUAGUGGCCUUACUCUGGGAAUGGUUUGUGUUGUAUACAUUUCACAGAUUCCAGGAGAACCUUGCUAAGCCACCAUUUAGGAUUAGGCCAGGAUCUGUCCACAUUCCAGCAAAGACAGUUGCGGUGCUACCUCGUUUUGACUUAUCCUCCAUUAAGUACACUUAUAUCAUAGGAUAGGAAAUAAAGCUGAAUGACCACACUCCAUUGAUGUGAAAGAGCACAGGUUGAGGUGCAUCAUCCUGGUUUAACUCUCAGCACUUGAAUGCUGCAGAAUGGUCACAGUGAGAGGGAUAUACAUUUCAUCUUCCAGACUAAGUGCAAACCAGUGAGGUUCUACUGUAUUUUCUUCAAGCGGGUUGAAAAUG